AUGGUCGGGCUAGAACACGCUCGAGAAUUGAAGGAUCGUCGCCCUAGAAUCCGGGAGCGAAUGUAAGUUACUCGAUACCAAUGGAACCAUAUCCUCUUGGAUAAAGAGUCAUGUCCAACAAGAACUGGCAAAGUCCUCGGCAAUCAAACAUUAAGAGAGCUUCUACCUCAUCCAACGUUAGCAAGACACUCAUCACGCUUCUCCGAGGCGAAAGGAUUUUCUUGGGGAGAUAUCACAAUAAUGACAACCUUGUCGAACGAGUCCGCCCCAAAAUUUAA